AUGAAUGGAGAGUCCUCACUCCACCGACGCUCAGGUUUUGCAGACGUGUCAGAGUCGUCGGGGUCGAAGGGUAUUGACCAUGAGUUACCAGUGUACGACGAUGUCGACAGCACGGAUGAUGAUGCCUGGCGCGACACUGCCCGCGAUCGCCGGGACAUGCUGCGGAUGGGCAAGAAGCAAGAAUUUCAGCUUCCUGAGUGCACUGGGCUUCGUGUCGGUGUAUAUGGCAUCGUGGGAGUUCGUUCUGGUGUCGUUGUCUGUGGGGUUCUCGAAUGGUGGUUAUGCUGGACUGUUCUGUCGCAAGUCUCGCGGAGAUGGCCUUCUUAUCUCGGCAAUGUGGGCCUCGGCAUACUGUCGCUCGUGGUCAUGCUCUUUUGUAUAGGACCGCUAGAAGGCGUGUUGGAGACAGACAUCCCAUAUCUGCUCCUCUUCAACAACACGGGCUCGCCAGCGCUAUCGAUCGUUCUCAACGUCAUCCUCUUCUUGCUCAUCUAUGCAGGCAACAUCACAGCUCUCGCAACUUGCGCACGCGAAAUGCUCGCCUUCGCCCGUGACAAAGGCCUUCCCUUCGCCAAGCUGAUCGGCCGCAUGGACCCAAAAUGGAACAUCCCCUUCAACGCUGUGUACAUCACAUCCGUAGCCGUGGUCCUACUCAGCUUAAUCAACCUCGAUUCGACUCUAGCCUUCAACAUCAUCGUCUCGCUCUCACUCCUCGGGCUCCUCUCGACCUACAUGAUUAGCAUCGGCUGUGUGCUGCUCAAGCGAUUGAAGCGCGAGCCACUUCCGCCAGCGCGGUGGAGCCUUGGACGAUAUGGACUGGCGAUCAAUGCGUUCGCCUUCUUCUACUCGGCGUUCAUUAUUGUGUUUAGCUGUUUUCCGACAAACUUACCAGUGGAUCUAUCGACAGCGAGCUGGGCGCCCUUGGUGUGGGCGGGCGUUAUUUUGAUUUCGGUGGGCUUUUAUGUGGCGUAUGGGAAGCGUACUUAUACUGCACCGGUGGAGUUUGUGGAGGGGAGGAAAGCAGCUGGGGUUGGGUUGCAGACAAGUUGA